AUGGAAGCAGAACCCACAUCCCCGAGCGUCCCCCAUGCGCUAAACCACGAUUCAAUGGUUACUGUCGCGUUGUCCGACAAACAGUCCAAUUCAGAGCACACCCAGCCGGAUUGGUGCACGCUCAACAUCCCCCCGACCCCAGUGGAGAUGACCCAUCUGGAACAAGAGAAUGAGGAGUCCUUUGGCCCGGUGCCACUUCAGGACGCGGCGCGGACAACUCCCACCCCGGAAGAUGAUAUGCCAACGCCAGGCGCGAACGGCGAGCGACAGCAGAGCGAGAUGUUUGACACGGAGGUGGACUGGGAGAACCUCGAUAAGACGGAAGAGCAAGAACCGCGUGGAGAGGGAUCGGAUGAGUCAACCGCAUUGCUUCUCGCCCGUCUUGAACAAGAAAACAACGCCUUGGCUACAAACCCCAAAUCAAGAAUACCCGAUGUUCCUCACGGCAAGAUCCACCAGCGCCAAUCUCGCUCCGAAUCGUUACAUCAGAUCAAGCGGCUCAUUAAGGACCCAGCGAGGGCAGAGCUGCGAUACUCCCAGCUUCCACCACCUCCGAUGACCGAGUUAGAGUUCUGGGCUGCCCUUGUCGCUGAUUACCACCAAACCGCUCAACGAUUGCCGACAUUGACCUCCAACAAGAUCCAAGGGGGUGUGGUGUGGCCCAGCCUGGCGGGCGCACGCGAUCCUAACCUUUUGAAUGAGUUUCAACGACUCCAGGGUGAAAGCAGCCCUUAUGAUGGGUUGAUUGGAAAGGACAUCGGUCGCAGCUUCCCCAAUGUCGAGAUGUUCCGUGAUCCUAAUGGCGAGGGUCAACAAAUGCUCGCCCGAGUGCUGCGAUGCUUCAGUCUCUAUGAUACCAAGAUUGGGUAUUGUCAAGGACUUGGAUUUGUAGUUGGUCCGCUUCUUAUGCACAUGACCGAUGCUGAGGCGUUCUGUGUCCUUGUUCGUCUCAUGGAUCACUACAACCUGCGGACUUGCUACCUUCCGGAUCUGUCGGGUCUUCAUCUCCAUGUGUACCAGUUUCAAAAUCUGCUGGCACGUCACCGACCUGCCCUGUUCGAACAUCUAGAGUCACUGCAUGUUGAGCCUGUGUAUGUAUCGCAGUGGUUCUUGUCAUUCUUUGCCGUCGCCUGUCCCCUACCAAUGCUGCUUCGAAUUUAUGAUGUGAUAUUCUUGGAAGGCGCUUGUGAGACUCUGAUGAGGGUUGCGCUUUCCUUGAUGCAGCGAAACGAAAAGAGGAUUCUUGCCUGCACCGAGUUUGAGGACGUCAUGCAAUUGUUGUUGUCUCGAAGCUUGUGGGAUACAUACGCGUUCAAUGCAGAUGAUCUCGUAAAUGAUUUCGUGUCUCUUACCUCUCUUGUGACCAACGAGAGCCUGCAGACCCUUGAAGCCAGCUACAACCAAUCUACAGGCUGUUCAGCGGGAGUCUCUGCGUCACAAAUGCAAGCCACGGCCUCUGGUUUCCUCGGCCGCCUGUGGGCAGGCUCGUCCAACAGCCAUAACUCGGUCAAGUCACUCAAUCCAAACACCAGCCCACCACGCACGAAUAGCACCAUACGCCGAUCCACCUCGAAACAAAGCUUGACAUCUACCCUUAACUCCAUCGAAACCGCCUCUGAUGCCAGCACUGCCGCGACUGAUCUAUCUGGGGCCACAGCAAGCGUCGAUGGCCAAAAGUCACGCGUCAAGUCCACCAUGUCCUCACACCACAAGGACCGUGAUCUUCACACUCAAAUCGAGGACCUGUUGAUGGCGCUCAGCGAUCUCCAGCGUCAACAAGCCGAUCUCACCCGUGAAAUCCAGCAAGAAAGAGAGGAGCGUGAAGAAGAUCACGCUCUGGCCAAGGAGAUGUUGAAUCAACUCCGGGAGCAAUCAAAUAGUGCAGAGUCGGAAGAAUUGGUCGCAAAAGCCACGGCCCGCUUCGAGUCAGCAAAACCUCGACGUAUCUCCAUUACCCAGACGAAACUUCAGCUCAAUGACGACGUCACUCGGUGGAAGCAAAUGCAUGAAGUGGAGGCCGGUCGCUGUCUGAACCUAUCUCGUCGCAUUGACGAUUUUGAGCAGGAAAACUCGUCCCUCAAGGAACAGCUACGGGAAGCCCGUGGUCGAAUUCAGGACGGUUACCGUGACCGACAGCGACUCGAGCGCAUGAACCGGGAGUUGCGUACCCUCAAAACCCCGGAUUCAUACACACCUCCAGACACUGCCCCCUCAUCCGCAGUCGACGAAGCACAGUCUCCUACCAGCGGUCUUCGCGAACUCAAACUUGCUCGUAACAAUUCGACCAAGACGAAGAGCCCCACCUACAAUAAACGCACUAGUAGCUUGGGUCUGCAAACCGUCUUGUCGACCGAGAACAACAAGCCAGCAGCAGAUGAAGCGCUGCUCAUGGAGUUGGUCAACGCCAAAACCGCCGAGGCAGUGGCUAAACAGGAACUCGAAGAAGUCAAGGGCAAACUAGAUUCAUUACGAAAGAUGAUCAGUGCCCCUCAAGGAGCAAAGGUUGAUAACCGUCAUUCUUUGGUGGGACUGUCGACCUCACGAAUCAACUUGGCCAACCAAUCUCCCCCUGAAGCGCCCAAGACACUUGGGACGCCUCCUACGAACGGAGGUGGCUUCUUCAGUGGAUGGGGUCGGCGAGCGGCAACCAGCGAAAUGCAUAUAUUCGUGGCGCUGCGGAGGCUCUUGGAACUGCCGAAGCUCCGCUUUGCUGCCGCCGCCCUGUUCCUGGUAGCGUUCCUGGUGAUUCCGUACACUAGAGAACAAGCUCUGGCGAUAGUACCAUUGAAAGAAAAGCCAAGCCCUGCAGGAAUUCCCGUGGACCCGUUUCCACGCGAUUACGCUGCCGAGUAUUCUCAUGACUUUCAAGUGGUGAAUGACCCUUAUCCGGAUUAUGAGGGGGAGCAAUGGAUGUCUACAUCAAAAAGCUCCUAUCAGGCGUGUGUAGGUCCCCACGGAAGACCUCUGAGCCGCAACGAUGAAGAUUUGAUGAUGAGCGGAUAUGCCCGGAACACCUCCAAUUUCCCAAGUCCAAUUUUUGGAUCCUACGAGUCAUGGAAUUUGAACCAGACUCUUUGCGCAGAUCGAUAUUCCCGAUACGGCGCAUAUGGCCUUCAGCAGGGCGAUGAAAACAAUCGAAUCCAUGCUUGGAACGGCACUUUUGGAUCCUACCAGGCUGCCGAGAUAGACUGGGGGAUGGUCAACUGGUCAAACUUGCAAGAAGAUUGUCUGCAACGCAACAGUAUGAGAUAUCGCACCGCAGAGAGCUCGGACAGAAAAGCUGUUGCUCUCUACAAGUCGCUGGAUUCAGACUCUUACGAUUCUCCAAAGUCGGUCAAUUCUACCGAAUCCCUCAUACAGCCUCGGACGGCUGUUAUUCUACGAUCGUGGCUCGGAAUGAAAUACACCAACAACGACUUGUACCACAUUCGCUCUAUGGUCAUGGAGCUCUCACUCUACUCUGGUGGAGAGUAUGAAGUGAUCCUGUUGAUCGAUUGCCAGGAAGAAGAACUGCCCGCGGAUGAUGAUCCUCAGGCCUGGAAACUCUUCAAAAAGGAACACUUACCGCAGGAGCUAUGGGGAUUAGCAAUGUUCUUCAACACAAGCAUGCUGAAAGACUGGUAUCCAGAAAUUGAUGUUCACGUGGCGAUAUUACAAUACUUCCAGCCUACGCAGAUCUUUGCGCGACUACAUCCCGAGUACGACUACGUGUGGCAAUUUGAAAUGGACUCGCGAUAUACUGGCCAUAUGUAUGACCUAGUGCACCGCGCAACCGAAUUUGCGAAACGACAACCACGCAAGUAUUUAUGGGAACGCAAUUCCCAUUUCUACAUUCCCGACGUCCAUGGUAGUUGGGAAGAGUUCGUCCACAAGGUGGAUCAGGAAAUGCCCGGGCAUGAUAGCAUUUGGGGCCCUCACCCAGCCGAAGGGAUUGACAUCGAAGGAACUGCCUCCAAUCCCCCUGUUGCGCAUCCAGAAGACGAGCCUGGCACCUGGGGCGUUGGCGAAGAAGCCGAUCUCAUCACAUGGCUGCCGCAUUUCAACCCAGUUGGCACGGACUGGCCUUUCCGUGAUCGUGUCUUCAACUUCCCCCAAGACCAAGGGACCCCACGGUGGGCAGCUGUUGUUGCCAUGUCGCGUAUUUCCUCAAAACUACUUGCUCUUUUGCACAAAGAUAAAGUGCAGCUGGGAGUCGGGCUUGCAUCGGAGAUGUCACCCAUCUCUUGGGCUUUGUACUAUGGACUUAAAGCCGUGCAGAUUCCCCACCCAAUCUACCACGACUCGAAAUGGGAUCCAGUGGAAUUGAAUCGUCGUGCUAACCCCGGUGAGCCUGGCAAGGUCAAUGCUGGAAUGGACAGCAUUUGGAGUUGGGGCCAGCAUGAUGACAUCAUUUUCAACUCGACGUUCAUGUUCAACUCCAAGUUUGCCGAGAAGCUCUAUAGAGCAUGGCUAGGUUAUGAUGGAGCCACAGAGUGGGAAACGCAAAACCCCCGACUCUGUCUUCCUCCCAUUUUCCUACACCCAGUCAAGAAUCUUGAGCGUAUAAAAACCAAAGAAUUUUAA